AUGGUAGAAGGACGUUUUCAACGAUUUCGUCCGUCAGUCUAUCGUCUCGAGCAGCAAUUUCAUCCAAUCAAGUUGUUCGCCAUUCGUCAUUCGUCACCGGAGGUUGAUGCAGCUGUCACCGGGAGGAUACCGAUACGCGUGCGUGUACGAUCUCGAAAUCUUUGGACACGGCAAUUGCGCGGGGGGCGCCAAGGACGAAUGGCUCCGGAACCGCCGUCGCGAGUCUACCGACCCCGCCGUCGCAACUCCUUCAAUAGGACCGACUUUCAUCCCGAGUCGGUAGUAACAAGACAAAGAAUACGUUCUAUCAUGUGGUCUUAUUCUCAGACCUCCCUGUUGCUACUUGUGGUACUCGCAACGACGACACCUCACGUGCGAGCGUUUCAAGCAUUGGAAAGCUCGAUUGUCCGUCGCGGAAUCUCCUCGUCGACCUUACCCGUAACAGCGUCUCCCCCUCAGACUCUACUGCAUGCGACUUCCAACAGCAAUCCCCAGUUCGCUGCGGGUCCGGAUGGAAAGACGUUCGUUCACGUAGCGGACCCGACUUCGAUUGACAAUCGCGGUUCUCCUGCGGGGCAGCUUUUCCAAACGCGCAAUGCCCCACCGAGGGCCGCGACCAUGAGCAGCCGAGACGCUCGUUGGGGGCGCGUCGACGUCGAUACCGGACGUCCCCUGUUCGCCAUGAGUGUGGCUGCGGGCGCUUCUCCGGGUGAUCUCGCGAGUGGUGUAUCCUCAAGAAACAGUGGGCAGCAAGGAUCUACGGCGAACCUCGCCCAGGAGUGGUCUCAGAUGAACAAGGGUAGCGAAGGUGCUUCGUCGUCGCAGUCCAACGUUCGCGGUGUUUCUCCCCCGGGGCAGUCUUCCAUGUACGGGAACUACGCGCAGGACAUGUCGCAGGUGAACACUUUUGGAGGCAAUGUGAACGAUAGUGGCGUAUCUCCUGCCGGACAGCUUUUUAAAAUGGGCAAGGCCAAGACGGCGGCAUCGCUCGGUUCCGGUAGAGACUCUCGUUGGGGCCGCGUCGAAGUGGAUACCGCCCGUCCCAUGUUCGCCAUGAGCGCGGCUGCCGGAGCUUCUCCCAAUGAUCUCGCGAGUGGGGUGACUGCCUCGUACCGCGGAGUCAGAGGAUCAAGUCCGGCUUCUGCCGCUGACGGCAAUCUAGCACAAGAAUGGUCCAAGAUGAGCGGGGGUCAAGACGGUGACGGAUCUCCCGCAGGACGAAUCUUCAAGAACAGAAACUCUCGGACACUUGCGCCGGCUCCUGAGACCAGAGACUCUCGCUGGGGACGUCUCGACGUUGACACUGCCCGGCCGCUUUUGUCCAUGAGUGUGGCUGCCGGGGCGACUCCCAGCGACCUCGUGGUCCGCCGACCCUCAAGAGCCGAUGGAUACAGUCAAGCUUCCAACCUUGGAUCCCCAUCAGCCCGUAGCGCCAACACGGACAAGAUGCUGGCCGAGUCUUCCUACAGCAGAGAUUCUCGUUGGGGUCGUAUCGACGUCGAUACUGGCCGUCCCAUGUUCGCCAUGAGCGCGGCUGCCGGAGCUUCUCCCAACGAUCUCGCGAGCGGUGUGUCCCCAAGAGGCCGCGGAGGUAGUCUCGCCCCCUAUCAGAGUAACGAAAGCCAGAACAGUGGAGGAUCUCCGGCGGGGCGAUUGUUCCAAACGGGAAACGCCAAUACGGCCGCACCUCGUGGGGGUAGCCGAGAUUCUCGUUGGGGUCGCGUCGAAGUUGAUACCGCCCGUCCCAUGUUCGCCAUGAGCGCAGCUGCAGGAGCCUCUCCCAACGAUCUCGCGAGCGGUGUGUCGGCAACGUUCAGAGGAGAUCAAGGAUCGACCUUUAAUGGCAACCGAAACCAGCAAGGUCCCUCGAGUUCGACUGCUAGAACGUCGACAGCUUACGGCAACCUAGCGGAGGAAUGGUCGCAAAUCAACAAAGGUGGAGACUAA